AUGGAUCAUUUUACUGCUACGUCAAUUCUGUCUGGAUAUUCCGAGGUUCGAGUUCCAAGUGCUGCUCAAGCACCCUCUCUAUGGAGACCGUGGAUUAACGAACGGCGCAGGCAGCCACUGGAUUCAGAGAAGCCCUACGUGAGGCCGACGGCAGCAUCUCCCAGUGGCAAAUUGGACAAACGGCUCGCACACCCUGUGAAAUUAUUCUGGCCUCGGUCCCGUUGCUUUGACUACCUGUAUCAGGACGCCGAAGCUCUGCUCCGAAACUACCCUGUUCAGGCGACCAUCUGCCUUUACGCAGACUCCAGCAGUGACGAAGAGGACAGUGAUGUGGAAGACGAGAAAGCAUAA